AUGAGCAUCCCUCGAUCCUUUUUCCGCACACGAUCGCUAGUCGGUGCCCUGGUAAUUGCCUCCUUUAUCAUCUGGACAUUUUCGCAAUGGACUGCUAGCACCAGCGGUUCCGCCUCCGAUUACAGCUUCGGCGACUCCACACAGAACGCACCCGAUCUGACAGCAGCGCACCAAAGAUUCUGGAGGAGCUUCCAUGGGUAUUUGGAGAGAUAUGCACCGGAUAUUGAUAGGGUGGUUGAGGACGAGAAAGCCCCGACCGAGGGCUUCAAAGUGAAGGAUGCAGCACCACGCCCGGAAUUUGUAGUCCUUUCCACGGAGGACAUCACAUCGAUGAAGGAGGCACAUACUGGAUUCGUGGAAGCCAUUUCGACCUCAGCGCCACAAUUGCAUUACAUUCCAGGCACAAGGGGUGUGGUCUCAACCGCGGGCGGUUCUUACCUGCCGGUCCUGGUCAUAUCCCUGCGCAUGCUUCGCCGGACGGGAUCCACGUUACCGAUGGAGGUCUUCCUAGCAGACGAAGACGAGUACGAGGACUACAUUUGCGACACGGUCCUUCCAUCCCUUAACGCGAGAUGCAUCGUGCUCUCCCGCAUCCUAGUCGCAGCACCCGCCAGGAUCGAAAAAUACCAGUUCAAACCCUUCGCGAUGCUUUUCUCUUCCUUCGAAGAGAUUCUUUUCCUGGACGCAGACGCGUUUCCUCUAGAACAGCCCGAAGUCCUGUUCAGAGGCGAGCCUUUCCGCACCAAUAACAUGGUCACCUGGCCCGACUUCUGGGCAUCCUCGGCCUCGCCCAUAUUCUACGAGAUUAUCGGCACGUCCGUUCCAGCCAUGAACCUGCGCCAAUCGACAGAGUCUGGCGAACUUCUCCUCUCUAAGAAAACGCACACGCGCACUCUUUUGCUUUCCACAUACUAUAACUACUGGGGUCCCUCACACUUCUACCCGCUUCUAUCUCAAGGAGCGGCCGGAGAGGGUGAUAAGGAGACAUUCAUCGCGGCUGCAAGCGCGAUGAAUGAGCCAUUUUAUCAAGUCAGCGAGUCGAUCUGUGCACUAGGCCACAGAAAAGAAGGGGGCAUGGCAGGAUCCGCUAUGGCUCAGUUUAAUCCGAUGCAGGAUCACGCGCUCACAAGCCAAGGGAAGUGGCGCGUUCGUGGCGACGACGCACCAGCCCCAGAUGUCUUCUUUAUACAUGCCAAUUUCCCCAAAUUCAACCCUGCUACUGUUUUCGAAAAGCAUGAGGUCAAUCCCGCUUUCCUCGACGACGGUACCUAUACACGCGCCUGGACCAUUCCCGAAGACGUCGUUGGCCGAUUCAGCGCCAAGGUCGACAUCGAGAAAGAGUUCUGGCGCGAGAUUCUAUGGACGGCUUGUGAGCUCGAACACAAGUUUGUCUCUUGGGACAACUAUAGAGGCAUCUGUGCCGGUGUCAAAGAUUACUGGCAUAAUGUCUAUGAGUCCAAUGGACUCCCAUCCUGA